AUGGACAAAAGUUGGAUGAAUCUCCAUGAUAGGCUUAGAUCAGCUGAAUAUGCAGGAGGUGUUGAGCAGUUCCUCACAUUGGCAAGAAACCAUGCAGCUGGAAGUGACCACAUUCGGUGUCCGUGCCGUGUAUGUGCUAAUAACAUUUGGUUACCUAUAAGUGAGGUGGAAACUCACUUGUUCAUUACAGGGAUUAAUCCUAACUACACAGACUGGAUAUUUCACGGGGAGAAGGAAGUAUGGAAUGUGACCGAUGAUGAGGAUAAUGUUGAGGCCGUUAGUGAUGAAGCAGAAUACAUUGAUGACAUAGAUGAGAUGUUAGAUGACUUCAGGGCUGGGACGUUCGGUGAAGGAACCUCGAGCAACCCCAUCCAUGAUGGCCCGACUCCUAUACCUAACAUCAAUCAAAGCAACACAUUUGAGAAACUAUUAAAUGAUGCCCGACAGCCACUCUUUGAGGGUUGUACUCAGUUUUCCCAACUCUCCUUCAUUGUGAAGUUGCAACAUAUUAAAACAAUUGGGGGCUGGUCAAUAAAAUCAUUUGACAUGUUACUUGAGUUGUUGAGGUCUGCAUUUCCUAAUGCUGUCUUGCCACGCUCAUACCAGGAGUCACGAUCAUUGCAGCGGGGUUUGUGCUUUACAUACACCAAAAUUCAUGCUUGCCGUAAUGACUGCAUUUUAUUCUGGAGGGAACAUUCCAACCUAAAUGAGUGCCCUAAAUGUGGGGUUUCACGGUGGAUGUCAACCACACACAACAAACGCCCAAUCCCUCAGAAGGUCCUACGUCAUUUCCCCUUAAAGCCAAGGUUACAGCGGCUAUUCAUGUCACAGAAGACAGCUUCUGAUAUGAGAUGGCAUAAAGAGCAACGAACAGAUGAUGACAUCAAUAUGAGGCAUCCAGCUGAUUCUGAGGUCUGGAAGGCAUUUGAUAAGGAGCAUAGUUGGUUUGCUCAAGAUUCUCGAAAUGUUCGGCUGGGUUUAGCAAGUGAUGGAUUCAACCCUUUUAACAAUAUGGCUAAACCUUAUAGUAUAUGGCCUGUAAUCCUCGUUCCAUAUAACUUGCCUCCAUGGUUAUGCAUGAAAGAUGCCUUCUUUAUGACGUCUCUCAUUAUUCCUGGUCCAAAAUCACCAGGAAAUGAAAUAGAUGUCUACUUGCAGCCUUUGGUAGAUGAGUUGAAUGAUCUUUGGGAAAACGGGGUUGCUACAUAUGAUGCCUCUACCAAGACUAAUUUCUUACUUCACGCAGCUUUAUUGUGGACAAUCAACGACUUCCCAGCAUAUGGUAACCUUUCCGGGUGGUCAACCAAAGGGAAACUGACGUGUCCGACAUGCAAUUUGGGCACAGAUUCUAUGUGGUUGACCUAG